AUAUAUGUCUUUAUAUUUUAACACAAAUAAAAUGCAGCUAUGGGAGGUCCUUGCGUAAACUUUCUCCGUUUCGUGAUUCAGUUUCAGCUCAUUUUGCUGGCAUUGGCUCAAAAACAAACCUUAAGGACUAAUUCAGGUAAUUUAGCCAUUUUUGCAUUUGGAGAUUCUUUUGUUGAUCCAGGAAACAAUAACUACAUCCGAACUAUAUCAAAGGCCAACUUCCCGCCAUAUGGCAUCGAUUUCGAAAAUCAAAUUCCUACUGGAAGAUUUACCAAUGGCCGCCUUGUCACUGAUUACGCUGCAUCGUAUGCUGGUAUCAAAGACUACGUGCCACCAUAUUUGGACCGAAACCUCAGUAUGGAAGAGCUGCUCACUGGUGUUAGUUUCGCGUCUGCUGGCUCUGGAUACGACCCUCUUACCCCGACAUUAACUGGUGGUGUAAUCUCAAUGCCAAAACAAAUUGACCACUUUAGAGAGUACAAAUCAAGAAUUGAAACCCAAAUCGGGAAAGAAAGAACUGAAGCCCUGAUAAAAAAUGCUGUCUAUGUUAUUAGCGCAGGUUCAAACGAUUUUUUAUUCAAUUAUUUUUGGGUCUCGGGAAUUCGAAGAUUAAGCUACUCUCUUCCUAGAUAUUACCACUUACUAAUGCAACAGCUUCAACAUUUUCUGCAGGAUUUGCUGGACCUCGGAGCUGGUAAUAUAGUGAUGAUGGGACUACCUCCGCUUGGGUGCUUUCCCCUGGUUAUAACCUUGAAAUCAAAUCCUAUCAACGGGUUUCUUGAACGCCAAUGCGUUACCAGAAUAUCUGAUGCUGCACAAGGUUUUAAUCAGAUUGCUAAACAAAAAUGUAAGGAAAUGGAAAGAGUCGACUCUCAGAUUUAUUACGUCAGCCUAUAUGAAUCGUAUAUGGAUAUUUUCCAAGAUCCUAAAAAAUUUGGUUUUGAUAAGGCUGACACUAGUUGUUGUGGAACUGGAAUUCUGGAAGUAUCGAUUUUCUGCAAUCGAAGAUCGAGACUGUGCCCUAAUGUUUCUGAUCAUGUGUUCUUUGAUUCUCUGCAUCCAACUGAAAGAACAUAUUCUCUUUUGUUUGAAGCUCUCGCCCCCACAAUAGAUCUCAUCCUCCAGGGGAAACAGUAGCUCAAUUCGUUUAACAAUAAAACGUGAUUUAUAUUGAAAACUGGAAUCAUAUAAGUGUAACAGCCAAGCAGUUGCGGAGUAUGCAUGUAUAAAAACUGUAAAGAAAUGAGAGGAACGGAAGAAGUAUCUUUUCUCGUAUUCGACAGAACAAAGGAGUUUUGCAAAGUCCAUCAAUAAUAAUUCGGUGUACGGGUGCUUUUUUCUAGUGACUUGUUUGAUUCUUAUUUUCCCGAUCUCCGAGUUGAAGUUUAAUUUUGUCGUAGUCUCUGAAGUUCUCUGACUGUGUUCGAUAGAGAAAUCACAUUCUGAGAUGCGAAACAGAGUCCUCAGAAUCAGUGAAAUAUUGAUGUUAAUUCGGCAUGGAGGUAGAAUAAAUGAGUGAAUGUUGAACGAUA